CCUGCGCAAAAGGGCUUGGAUCCUCUCUACGUUCCCCCCUUACCCCCAACCCAAAAAAAAAAAAAAAACCAAAAACCAAAAAAAACCACCCCACACACCGACUCAAGUCCACACCCAAAGCCGGCUGAAUGGGUUGUUCCUUUAGUUCCCCCAGCUCUAAGUCAAGCUCUCAGACUCCUGCUCACCCUGCUCCCAAACCGGAGUCCAAGAGCAGGAGCACAACCAACAUCGACAACAUGUCUCUUCCCAAGGAUUUCCUUUGGGGCUUCGCGACAGCGUCAUACCAGAUCGAGGGUGCUAUCGACAAGGAUGGUCGUGGCCCAUCCAUUUGGGACACAUUUACUGCAAUUCCGGGCAAAGUUGCAGACGGUAGCUCGGGUGUGACGGCAUGCGACUCAUACAACAGGACCAAGGAGGACAUUGACCUGCUCAAGUCUGUUGGCGCUAAGUCGUACCGCUUCUCCAUCUCGUGGUCCAGGAUUAUUCCUAUUGGUGGCCGUAACGACCCCAUCAACCAGAAGGGCAUCGACCACUACGUCAAGUUCGUGGACGACCUCCUCGAGGCCGGCAUCACGCCUCUCAUCACCCUCUUCCACUGGGAUCUGCCGGAUGGGCUGGACAAGCGGUACGGUGGAUUGCUGAACAGGGAAGAGUUCCCCUUGGACUUUGAGCACUAUGCACGCAUCAUUUUCAAGGCCAUUCCAAAGUGCAAACACUGGAUCACCUUCAAUGAGCCGUGGUGCUCGUCCAUUCUCGCAUACAGUGUUGGCCAGUUUGCGCCUGGCCGCUGCUCCGACCGCAGCAAGUCGCCCGUCGGCGACAGCUCUCGGGAGCCCUGGAUUGUAGGCCACAACCUUCUGGUGGCCCACGGUCGUGCCGUCAAGGUGUACAGGGAAGAGUUUAAGGCGCAGGACAAGGGUGAGAUUGGUAUCACGCUGAACGGUGAUGCCACAUUCCCCUGGGAUCCCGAAGACCCCAGGGACGUCGAUGCAGCCAAUCGCAAGAUCGAGUUCGCCAUCUCAUGGUUUGCCGAUCCCAUCUACUUUGGCGAGUACCCAGUCUCGAUGCGUAAGCAGCUGGGCGACCGUCUGCCCACUUUCACGGAGGAGGAGAAGGCUUUAGUCAAGGGCUCAAACGACUUUUAUGGCAUGAACUGCUACACGGCCAACUACAUCAGGCACAAGGAAGGGGAGCCUGCCGAGGACGAUUACCUUGGAAACCUUGAGCAGCUGUUUUACAACAAGGCGGGCGAAUGCAUCGGCCCUGAGACACAGUCACCGUGGCUUCGUCCAAACGCACAAGGGUUCCGGGAGCUACUCGUUUGGCUCAGCAAGCGUUACAACUACCCCAAGAUCUUGGUUACGGAGAAUGGCACGUCAGUCAAGGGUGAGAACGAUAUGCCACUCGAGAAGAUCCUCGAGGAUGAUUUCCGGGUCCAGUACUACGACGAUUAUGUUAAGGCCUUGGCCAAGGCUUAUACCGAGGAUGGUGUGAACGUCCGUGGUUACUCAGCUUGGUCGUUGAUGGACAAUUUUGAGUGGGCCGAGGGCUACGAGACCAGGUUUGGCGUCACCUUUGUCGACUACGAGAACGGUCAGAAGCGUUACCCCAAGAAGAGUGCCAAGGCAAUGAAGCCGCUGUUUGACAGCCUCAUCGAAAAAGACUAGACUCUACAUGGGGAAGCCAAUGCGAAUGGUAUGGAUUUAUGGGCGUUCUAGGGUGCUUGCGAGCGGUUUUACGUUCAAUGAACAGUCUGCGAGCGGCUAUGUUUUGGUUUCUUUUUUUUCUUAUCUGUUGCGCCAAUUUCGUCAGCAAAUAAAUGGCUUCUUUAUAUUCUUUCUGUCCCUCUCGCUUAAUUCCCAUAUUUGAUUUAUCACUCUUUGUUUUGGAAAGGAGAUGCCUUGAGUUUAUGGUCAUUUAAAUAGGCAAAAACUAAAACAUUGAG